CUCAGCGCUGGAAACAUCACAAAUCCUGAAUUUCAGGUGGCUGCAGUGAGUUGGCUCACUACCGCCAUACACAAACAUUCAGUGUCCAGGGAGCUGCAAUCCUACAGGGACGCUGCGAGUCAGUGCAAUAUUGAAAUGCAGAGUAGAGUUAUUUGGAGAAAAGAAAUUAAAUGUCUGAGUAGUCACUACUUCAACACAAAAAGUGAUUUUCUUUCUUGUCAGUCAUUUUGUUACUUUACUUAAGUGUCAACUUCACCUAACGCAGUCGGCUCUUCCGCCUUUGACACUUCGGCAGCUGACGCCGAAAAGCAAUGUUGAUAUUUGGGAAUAAUCGCUGAUUAAGUCGAUCGGAAAGAGGCGAAAUUAUCCUGGAAAGUCGUCCACAUGGUUGGAUUUCAUGAGGAUUUAUUACUGACGUGUUCAUGGAGCAACACCUAGGAUAUGGAUGACGUGCCAUAAGAGCUGCUUAAUGCUGUUAUAAGAAUCUGGAUCCACUUCAGAAAGGGAAUGAACAAACCAUAAAAAGACUCAAGCAGAUAUCUGCCAUUUUCUGGUAAGGCCUCUGGUCAUUCAAUUGGUUGGUGUAACCUUGGAGACUUUUAGAGACUCUCAAUGGACAUCAGCCUCAUGUGUGAAGCAGUUGCAAAAUUCUACUCUGAUGUUCAACAACACUUUAGCUUCUGCUUGUGUAAUUACAUAGCCUCUCAUUGAAGAGGCUCAUCCAGUUCAAGGAAAUAACACCAGACCUGCUUCAAUAAGAGCCUCUCUCUUAGCUGGAAGGCAAAUUUCUGCCCAGAAUCCAAUGGCAUGGGUAAAGUUCUUCAAGAAACCAAGGGGCAAUCUUGGCAGGGUUUACCAGCCGGGGUCUAUGCUGUCCCUGGCUCCUACCAAAGGGCUUCUAAAUGAGCCGGGACAGAACAGCUGCUUCCUUAACAGCGCAGUGCAGGUGCUGUGGCAGCUUGACAUCUUUAGACGGAGUCUACGACAACUUCCCAACCAUUACUGCUUAGGGGAAGCCUGCAUCUUCUGUGAAUUAAAGGGAAUAUUCUCACAGUUUCAGGACAGCAGGGAGCGAGCGCUACCUUCAGACAAUCUGCGCAUUGCCCUGGCAGAGACUUUUAAGGAUGAGCAACGUUUCCAGUUAGGCUUUAUGGACGAUGCCGCAGAAUGCUUUGAGAACAUUCUAGAGAGGAUCCACCUCCAUAUUGCUCCUGAUGUUGAUACAGAUGCCUGUACAUCCAAAGUCUGCAUCACACAUCAGAAGUUUGCCAUGACACUUUAUGAACAGGUUGUAUGUCGAAGCUGUGGAGCCUCGUCUGACCCUCUGCCCUUCACUCAGUUAGUGUUCUAUGUUUCCACCACAGCUCUUUGCGAAAAGUUAUUGGAGAGGAGAGAUGAAAAGCCACGUUCUGACAUGUUUGGUGAACUGCUCCAGGCAGCCAGCACGAUUGGAGACCAACGUGACUGUCCAAGUAAGUGCGGUCAGGUGAUCAAGAUCCGGCGCGUGCUGAUGAACGCACCGGAAAUCGUCACCAUUGGUUUUGUGUGGGACUCGGAGCAGUCUGACAUGAUGUUGGACGUCAUCAAAUCUCUUGGACCACACCUUAGCCUCUCAGGGCUUUUUUACCAUGUCACAGAUGAACAAGCCAAAAAGAGUGACCUGCAGCUGGUUGGGAUGAUCUGCUACACAAGCAAACACUACUGCACCUUCGCUUUCCACACCAAGUCCUCCAAAUGGUUCUUCUUUGAUGAUGCCACAGUCAAAGAGGUGGGCUCGAAAUGGAAGGAUGUGGUUACUAAAUGCAUCCGAGGACACUUCCAGCCACUACUCUUGUUCUACUCCGACCCUGAGGGGAGCGCCGUGAAAGGAGUUGAGGUCCCUCGGUCUGAAAGCUCUGCUAACCAUCACAAGCCCUCAGCUAACGGUGAAAUCCCAGGCACCCCGCAGCCAGGCAGUAAGAAGCUGGAACUGACCCGAGAAAACCUGAGUGCUCUGUUGUCAGGUCACGGUACUUUAAAGCAGAAGAGCCAGCCCCUGUCAGCAUUCAAGCGUGACACCAACCAGACCAGUGAUGGGAAAGGACAAGUAAAAAUAAACAGUGAACCAAAGGGCUUCUUUCGAGAACUCUCCAGAGAAGCCCGCAACUUUAACAUUAUGAAGAGAGACGCUGAUAAAUCGCACCAGAGGCCCGAAACACAGAGAAACAGAGACACUGCCUCAGAGAGGUCCUAUUCGCGAUCACUCUCGCCUCCUGAGAACGGAUUUAAAAACGCAGAGUCUCGGUUGUAUAGAAGUCAGGGCGUGGGCCCGACACGGGCACAGCGCUCUCCCCGCACAAACAGGCGUGUAGCUCACGCACCACGUUCACAUUCUCAACCUCGCAUCCCAGUUCACUCUCCAUCCAGCAAUCUGUCCUCGAGAUUAGAUUUCUCCAAUGGUUAUGAUACAGACAGUAGCUUUGACUCAAGAGGGCGUCCUAACGGAGCAUUACGCACUCAUGCUAACCGUGCUUGGAAGCCCAUGCGCCAGGUCCUCAAUGUAGACAGCAUACUGAGCAACAACAACGAGAGCCGUCUCCCCAGCCUGGGUCAGCAGACCUCUGACCCGAAGAGGCUGCUGUAUGAGCGUGAGACCAGCUGGUCUGCGCGUGAAGAUGGUAAAACUAAAAACUUGAUGACUAUUUACGAGGAUGAGCAGCGUCAUGAACUGGGCAGCAGGAGCUCACUGGAAUCAGAAAGCCGUGAAAGAGAAAGGACCAAAGGCACUGUUAACCACUUCACACUAAAAAAAGAAAACUGGAAGAACCAGCGAAUGGAAUCUGGAUAUGAGAGCAGCGACAGGCUGAGCAAUGGCUCGGCUGGUAUGGACUCUCCCGUGGUGGAGAAUGUAGGUGCAAGAGAGCGACGGCGUGUCCCUGAGGUACACAUGCUGAGGGACCCAGAUUACCAACAGAGGUAUGAGGACUCAAAGGCAGACAGUUCGCAGACUCCAUUUUCUUACGGUGAAUUGCGAGGGAAAACUUACGAACAUAUUCCCAGACAGAACAGAAGAGGUCACAUGGACAGAACUGACGGAGUGAAUGGUAGUACUGGGACUGGGUUAUUAAGCAAAACAAGCAGCUCCGAGUGGAACAGCUCUGAUGAUUUGGCCGGUCCUGUAUCAGAGCAAGAGGAUUCUUUAUUUCGCACUGAUGUGCCUCCGCUUGUUCAUCACAAACCAUCCCAGAGUCUUUCUCGCACCUCAGUUCCACCAUUACCCCCCAAACCCAAAGUGCUGAGAUCUGAAAACACGAGAGUUCUAAUUCCAAACUCUGCUCACAUGAGACCCAAAUCCCCAGCCUAUAAAGGAGCAGCUUUGUCGAAGAUGAGCUCGGAGAUAUGUUUCGAGAACUCUGAGCCAAACAUGCCCUCCUCAUCAGACAGCAGCUCUAAAUCCGGCUCGUCCGACCAGGACAGGAACGAUCUGUCUGCCAGUGAGAGUGAGGACAAGUGUCCCAGCAUCCCUGAUUUUUGCGUCGAAUCCACUGCCACGAGAGAGUAUGCAAUCCCCACCACCUACUUUUCUGUUGAUAGCUGCAUGACAGACACUUACCGGGCCAAGUACCAUAAGAAAAUAUCUGCGGCAGAUUCUAAAACAGGAGAGCACACAUCAUCUAGUGAGAGCGAUCAUGGGGAAACUGCAUCCCCAGCUCUCGCAGACGUAAAGAUGCCAGAUCUGUCCAGAACCAAGAAAGAAACAGCCCGCACCAGCAGUAAACCCCUCGUGAAAUGGAAUCCUGUUUCUGUAAAAGGACUGGAUGAACAUGGCUUCCUAUGACACCAAACAUCAGUCCCACCAGACAGAAAGAUGUAGAACAUUUUAAAAUGGACAUCGUGCCAAAGAGAUCAGACUCUUGCAGAGACCUGAGACACCUUUGCUCUUCAUUCUCCCUUUAUUUUUGCCUCAAAUGAAUUCAAGGAAUAAUUCUAUUGACAUUUUUGCAAUUGCACAUUCAUGAGCCAUUAUAGAAUGAAAGAUCGAUCCUCUUGUCUGUUUUUUUUUUUUUUUCUUUUUUCAUUCAGUAUGUUUUAUGUGAGUUAUUGCAGAUCUCAGAAUGUAGAAAACUGCUGAAAGAGCCAAGACGUGGAUGAACAACUCUGUUUGCAUCACUGUGUUUAGGAAAGUUUCCAGUGUAAUUGGAUAAUAACGCAUUGGUUAUAUUUAAAUGUAUGGAUGAUGUUUUACUUCUGCUAUGUGUGAUAGUCAUCUCUGGAAUGGGGAAUGAUUUAAAAUAUAUUUUCCUAUUUUUUUUUAUGUUGUUGUUUUUAAGAUAAAUGCCAAAAAGAUAAAGCCAACCCUGCUUAAUGAUUUCCCCCAUAUUAGUUUACAUAGUUUUCUAAUGUCUUGGAUGUUGAUGAAAUGUUUUGGCUCUUGUAUUUACCUUUCUGACUAUGUCUAAGUAACUCCAUCAAGCCUAAAUGCACUAAACUGCAUUUUCUUCAACGUGCCUGGCAGUUUUACAAUCAGAAGACAUUUUGUUUUACUUUAUUUAGAGGGUUAAACUUGCUGCUCCGACUGUAGCAGGGGGAAGGAGAAACACUGAAUUAUAUACUAAAGCACACAGAUGAAACUGAUUAAAUAUUACCUGGUGUCUUGAUUGAUUUUGCUGCAUCUUUUUUGCACUAUGACAUGCUGAUCUCCUUAAAUUAAUCAAUUCAAGGUCACACAUUUUGGACAGUGGACUGGACCUUUACUUUGUCAUCUGUUAUGGAAGUUAAUGCGAGACAAAAAUAUUUGCUUGUACAUGACUUUUAAUUUGCUCCAAAAUAUAUGGGUACUGUAUGGUUUUAUUUUAAAAGCCUUUUUAAUGUCAUAGACACAAUGUACAUUUUAAAAAAUAUAUUUUUUAUUUUUGUUAAAGUAAAUUUUGUACGUUUACUAGACGGACACUAAUAAAACAGUGCCUUAUUUUGUAUGUAAACAACAGAAAAUAGCUGAUUUUAUUUGUGAUUUCUUUGUAUGUCGUUAUGAUUAAUUUCUACUGACCAACAAAUGUUUAAUAAAUGAUUUUCAUCUGAUUGUAA